UCAGCCAACUCAUGGCCAACGGCUCUUCGAUUUUCCCUCAAAGAGUCCCAAGAGCCAUUACAUUUCCCGAAAGUCUCUCCCUCUUCCUUCUCCCUUCCGGUACUUUCUUACGUCGGUAUCCCUAGAUUCCAUGAACUUCCGACGACGUGCCGCCGCCGCGGCCACCGUCACCUCCGGCGCCGGAAUGAGGGAGGAUUGCUGGAGCGAGGGCGCCACGGAGGCAUUAGUGGAAGCGUGGGGCGACCGCUUCCUUCAUCUAAACCGCGGCAAUCUGCGGCAGAAGGACUGGAAAGAUGUGGCUGACUCCGUGAACGCCCGGCAAGACGCCGUGGGAAAUCCACGGAAGACCAGUGGGCAGUGUAAGAAUCGAAUCGAUACCCUUAAGAAGAAGUACAAGCUCGAGAAGUCGAAGCCGGGGCGUUCCACCUGGCCCUUCUUUUCCCGUAUCGACCUCCUGGUCGGUCAUUCCCCUGAGAAGGCCUCCCUCGGCAUUAAAGUCAAGCAACGUAACCCUAAUUCUAGCUCUGCGACGCCUCCGCACAAUCUAUUGUUGUCAUCGUGGGGCUCGUCAAGGGUGCGGACGAAUUUGCCUGAUGCUGCACAGAGUUCUCGCGAAGGUGGUGGAGUUGGUUACGGCGAUUUUGAUGGCAGGGAGGAUAUGGACAGGACAGAAGAGGUGGGGAAGAUUCCAUUGUUUGGAUAUUUGGACAUUCAGGAAAGUCGGAAGCCGGGUUGUGGAUUGGGUGUUUUCUCAUCUGGGGAUGAUGGAGGUGGCGGGGAGGAUCGUGGUGACUUUAGAGAGUUUGUAAGGGCCGUUGAGAAGAUUGGUGAUAUUUACGAGAGAGUGGAGAGAUCAAAGCUGCAGCAAGCAAUUGAGCUGGAGAGGCAGCGGAUGGAAUUUGAGAAGGAGAUUGAGAUACAGAGGAUGAAGGUGUUCAUGGAGACGCAGCUUGAGCUCCAGAGAAUGAAAUGGCGCAAGUGUAAUUCUGAUUCUGGGAAAAAGUUCAUUGCAGAUCAUCAUUAGUUGAUGCCUAUAAACUCUGAAGGCAUGCUCUCCUCGUGGCAAAGGCACUUGUUGGAAGAGUUUUCAACUUUGCACAAGCAACUUGAGUUGCAUUCUAAAUUUAUUUUCUGCCCUAUAUUUCUAAAAUCUGCUUUGCCAUUUGCUUGGGCUAUAUGUUUGAAAAAAAAUGGUAGGAUGCAAUUUGCAUGCUAUUUGAUGAUGAAUGCAUGUAUAUUUUUA